AUGGCGCACGACGCAAUCUUUGAUGGACCGAUGAGUGAGAGUGUUCCGACGGGUGUGUCGAGCUUCGUGCACCGUGGUUCGAGAAGUCAGAGUAAUGCGAGUCAGCAGAGACCUUCGCUGGGGUUAUUGUCGAUGAAGUUCUUUGGGAGUGGGUAUGAUGUUGUGGAUAAUGAUGAUGCGGUCACGGAGACGAGCGAGGCGCCUGGUGGGUAUGAUGAUGAGGAUGGGUAUGCGGGGACGGAUAUGGAGUCGCAGGCUGGGGAUACACCGAUGAGUGAGUACGGCGAUCCGCUGCUCCACCGCACCAUUUCUGGCGAGUCAGAUUUUAUGGGGAUGAACAGGAAGAAGACGAGUCAGCGUGCAUACUUGCAGGAAGAGGACUUGACUAUCGUCAUCGCCGGUUUUCGCACGCAUUCGUUGAAGAUCAUUCUCUACUACUUCCUCUGCAUCUGCACCUUCGGCCUCACCUACCUCCUCCUCCGCUGGCUACCCAGAUGGUGGAUUACAAUGACAGCCGUACCCUCACCCCUCGAAAAAUGCGACUGGGUCGUCAUCGAAAAUCAAUGGGGUGAGGUGUCUAUUCACGAUAUAUCCAAGCGCACAUACGGACGCGAGAUGUCCACCGUCUUUAGCACAAGUAUCCGCUACGUCCCCGACGACCCGGAAAACGAUGACCCUACCCUCCCUGUACUCAGGUGGGUCGACUACCGCUACACCCGUUUCGUCUGGCACCCCUACCUCGCGAAAUUCAUCCAAAACAACAACUGGAAAGACCCCUCAUGGAAAAAAGUCAAAGACGUCCGUCAAGGUAUCGACGGAGAUAUCUGGGAAGACCGUAUCGCAGCCUUCGGCUCCAACGUCAUCGACAUCGAACAGAAAUCGAUGGGACAGCUACUUGUCGAUGAGGCGCUGCAUCCAUUUUAUAUCUUCCAGGUGGGAAGUAUCAUUUUGUGGAGUUUUGAUGAGUAUUAUUAUUAUGCGGCGUGUAUCUUCCUUAUCUCUGUUGGGUCAAUUAUCACGACGUUGAUUGAGACGAAGGAGAAUAUGGCGAGGUUGAAGGAGAUGAGUCGAUUUGUUUGUGAGGUGCGUGUACUCAGAAAUGGGUUUUGGCGGUCUGUUAGUUCGGAGGACCUCGUGCCCGGAGAUGUCUACGAGGUUUCGGACCCAAGUUUGACGGUCUUCCCGUGUGACGCCCUACUUCUCAGCGGUGAUGCUAUCGUGAAUGAGUCGAUGCUUACUGGAGAAUCCGUCCCGGUAUCGAAGUUACCUACGACGGAUAAGGCUCUGAGAAGCUUGAAUUUGUCUUCUUCGGGGGUGAACCCAGAUGUCGCGAAACACUUUCUCUUCUCCGGAACGAAGAUCAUCCGUGUAAGGCGGCCACAGGCGAGGGGGAGUGAGGAUGCUGCGGCGUUGGCUAUGGUCGUCCGCACCGGGUUCAAUACCACGAAAGGUGCCCUCAUCCGUUCUAUGCUGUUCCCUCGUCCAGUGGGGUUCAAGUUCUAUCGUGAUUCGUUCCGGUUUAUCGGGGUUAUGGGUAUUAUCGCCUGUUUCGGCUUUAUCUUGUCGACUAUCAAUUUCGUCAAGCUUGGGUUGCAUUGGACUUUGAUCCUGGUUAGGGCGUUGGAUUUGAUCACGAUUGUUGUUCCGCCUGCACUGCCGGCUACGUUGAGUAUUGGAACAAAUUUUGCGAUUGGGCGGUUGAGGAAGAAGGACAUUUUCUGUAUUAGUCCGCAGAGGGUUAACGUUGGCGGAAAGAUUGAUGUCAUGUGUUUCGAUAAAACUGGGACUUUGACAGAAGAUGGGUUGGAUAUCUUGGGUGUGAGGGCGGUUGAUCGCGUGAGUAACCAGUUUUACGACUUGUAUGAACACCCGGAGGAUUUGUUGCCGUCGAGUGAGUUUGAGAGGGAUCCGAGUAAGGAGUUUGGAGAGCGAGCGGCGAUUUUGUAUGCGAUGACGACAUGCCACUCACUCAAGCUCGUCGGUGGACAACUCGUUGGAGAUCCACUGGACUUGAAAAUGUUUGAUUUUACGGAGUGGAUUUAUGAGGAGGGUGGGGAGACGAAUGAGCGCGGGCGAGUGUCUGCUGAGGACGCGUCUGCUGCGAAGCCGGCUAGUGGGCCUUCUCUCAUUCCUCCCACAGUUAGGCCUCCGGGUGGGAGGUCGUUUGCGAUCGAGGGGGUUAUGGAGGGGUCUGCGGAUCCGAGGGAGACGGCACCGAUGGAGCUUGGUGUGUUGAAGGUAUUUGAGUUUGUGUCGCAUUUGAGGAGAAUGAGUGUCUUGGUUAAGAGGUUCAGGAGUACGACUACGCAGGUGUAUGUCAAGGGUGCUCCGGAAAUCAUGUCCGACAUCUGUGACCCGAACACCUUCCCUGCGGAUUAUGAUGAGUUGUUGGCGUACUACACCCACCACGGUUACCGUGUCAUCGCUUGUGCGGCCAAGACGAUCCCGAAAUUGAGUUUUGCGAAGGCGCAGAAGAUGAAGCGCGAGGAGGCGGAGAAGGAUCUGACAUUCCUGGGCUUCAUCAUCUUUGAGAAUAAGUUGAAGCCGAGUACGGCUGGUGCGAUCAAGCAGCUUGCUGAGGCGAAUAUCCGAAAAGUGAUGUGUACUGGUGAUAAUAUCCUCACCGCCAUCAGUGUUGCACGCGAGUGUGGACUCGUGAGUGAGUUUGGACAUGUGUUUGUGCCGCAGUUCGAGAUUGGGAAUUCGUUUGAUCCGAACUCGAAGGUUACGUGGCAUAGUGUUGAUAACAGCUCGUUGACGCUGGAUUCGGAGACAUUGUUGCCUAUGCCUGCGCCGGCAGACGCGGAUGCUUCGUUGCCAUAUGAAGCGCACAACAUCAACGAUUACUCGCUGGCUGUUAGCGGUGAUGUGUUUAGAUGGCUAGUGGACUAUGCUCCGUUGUCUGUCCUCCAACGUAUGCUCAUCAAGGGUCAAAUCUUCGCUCGUAUGUCCCCGGACGAGAAGCACGAACUGGUCGAGAAGUUGCAGUCACUCGACUACUGUGUCGGUUUCUGUGGUGAUGGUGCAAACGACUGUGGUGCCCUGAAGGCCGCUGACGUGGGAAUCUCUCUUUCUGAGGCCGAGGCAUCGGUUGCUGCUCCGUUCACGAGUCGAUCGUUCGAGAUCUCUUGCGUGUUGGAUGUCAUUCGCGAAGGACGUGCGGCACUUGUUACGAGUUUCAGUUGUUUCAAGUAUAUGGCUUUGUACAGUGCGAUUCAGUUUACGACUGUCAGUUUGUUGUACAAGUCCGGGUCCAACUUGGGCAACUUUCAGUUCCUCUUUAUUGACUUGUUCCUCAUCAUCCCGAUCAGUAUCUUUAUGGGCCGCUCCGAACCGUACCCUGUCAUCUCGGUUAAGCGUCCCACGGCGAACCUUGUGUCGAAGAAGGUCAUCACGAGUAUGCUUGGGCAUAUCGUGGUUUUAUCCGGAAUGCAGUUCUUGGUUUAUUUCAUGAUUUUGGCACAGCCAUGGUACAAGGAGCCCAUUGUCGACCCAGACAACUCCACGAUCGAGAGCGCCGAGAACACCGCGCUAUUUGCCAUCUCGUCGUACCAGUACAUCCUCAUUGCCAUCGUCCUCAGCGUCGGUCCGCCGUACCGCAAGCCGAUGUCUCAGAAUCUUCCGUUCAUCCUUUCGAUUACCUUCACCACAUUGUUCGUUACCUAUUUCUUCCUGGAUCCACCAGGCUGGCUUGCGUCGAUGCUACAGCUCGUCGACAUUCCUUACACGUUCCGAGCGUUCAUCGUCAUUCUCGCAGGGAUCAACUUGUCCUUGGCGUUGACAGGGGAGGAAUAUAUAUUUACACCGUUGGCGAAGGCUUAUGCAGCUUUCAAAGAGAAAACAAGGAGUGUGCCAAAAGAGAGGAAGAAGUAUAAGGUUAUCCAGGAGGGUAUGUUGUUUUAG